AGCAGAUCGUCACACAACCCAAAAUGGCGCUAUGUUUACGUCUAUGUAUUAUCGUGUAUUAUCUCUAAAAAACUCUCAUGGAGAGCUUUGGCGUUUUUUAUUCAUUGGGAAAGAUAAUUUGAUCAUUCAGCAACACCAGUGAUCUACGACAAACCGACACAAAGAUCGGGGACUAUUAAGUUCACCAGCAGCAGGAGGAAGGAUGCAGGCUGAGGCCACAGACUCCUCGCUGAGAGAGGGCAUAGAGGCUCUGGGUGUGACCGACGGAGAGAAACCUGCAGCAGGCAAAGAGGAAGAGGGCAACACACAGCAACAGGACACGGAGAUGACAGCUGCCCCAGAAGAGGACACGAGAACCAAGGAAGAAACGGAUGGAGACGCGGUGGAAAGAGAAGUACACAAGGAUGAUCCUCAGGCAGUCACAGGGCUGGAUGGUGGAGAGGGAAAGCAGGCUGCAGGAGUGGACAGUGAAUGGGAGCUUGCGUACAGCGACGAGGAAAUGGAGGACCCCAAAAACUGGAUGCCCCCUCCGGCUGAGAUCAAAAGACUAUAUGAGCUCCUCUCUAAAGGAGAGAUGCUGGAAUUGAACUUUGUGCCCCUUCCGAGGACCCCUACACCUGAUCGUACCCCCUCACCUGAAAGAGAUGACGAGGAUGAGGCAGCAAAGGAUAGAGAGAGGGAGGAGAGAGACCGCAGGCCUCCAACUCCAACAGAGUUUGACUUUGAUGAAGAGCAAACACAAGCCACUCCGAAAAAUGCCUUUGUGAACAGACGCAGAACACCAGGAUCUUCAGCCCGCUCCUCUGUGAAAAGGGAAGCUCGGCUGGACAAGGUGCUGUCUGACAUGAAACGCCACCGCAAAAUUGAGGAGCACAUCAUGCGUACGGGUCGAGAUCUCUUCAAGACCGAAAAGAAGCCGGAGGAGGCUCUGUCUCCGAACAGCCAGAAGGAGCGGGAGAAGCAGAGGGAACGAGACAGCAACCCCAACACCAUCUUCUCCCCGAGGCAGAGGAGAUACUGAAGUAUUAGGAGAUGAGGACUUGCUCACAGGCAAAUAGGGCCAAGUGCUUUUCCAGGCUUUCUCAAAACUUGAAUUUUUUUUAUCUAACAAGUUUUGUAUGUUUUCUAUGUGUGUUUUGUAUAUUGGCAAACAUUUUAACCCUGGAGAAUGUUAACUGUUUAUCAGCGUUCAGUAACGAUGGGUGAUAAUAAAAAUACUUUAUACCGCACAUGUUCGCGAUAUUGGUGUAUAUAUUGUGAUACGCUAAAGAUUGUGAAACUAUAUGGAAAAAAUAACACGAUGUAUUGUAAAUACCCAGCAGAUAAAAGUAUAUGAUCACAUUUGUGCAGAAACCAUAUAUCAAAAAACAAUAUUGCAAUAAAGCAGCCCUGCUCAUUUACAUACGUUUCCCACAAAGGCCUGCUACAGGAAUGUUAAGGGACCUUUAUAACACUAGAAAUGUAAGACAUCAUUUAUUACCAUUAUCUACAAUGUGUGGAAUUCCUCUCAAACAGCCGAAUGAAGAUGUUUACAUUGUUAUGAGUGUCAUCUAGUUGACUUCCCAAUGCUUAAAAUGUAACUGCUAGUUUAGAAGUAAUAUUACAUCAAUGCAUGGAUUCUGGCUCCCUCUAGUGGUUUACUUUCCCCUCUGAUGGGCAGUGAUCUUAAAA